AUGAGAAGCUCAAAGAAGCACAACUUCCAAGACCACACCUGGAACAACCGUGAAUACUCCAGUGGCAGCCACCUCGAUUGGAACUACGUCACCACCAACCAAGAGCCCUACGACCUUAACUACUGUCACAGCUACAACCACCACGCCGACGAGCAAACCUACUACAGUCAAGACCACCACGGCGACGAGCACACCUACUACAGUCAAGACCUCCAUGGCGACGAGCAAACCUACGACAGUCAAACCCACCACGGCGACGAGCAAACCUACGACAGUCAAAACCACCAUGGCGACGAGCAAACCUACUACAGUCAAGACCUCCAUGGCGACGAGCAAACCUACGACAGUCAAAACCACCACGGCGACAAGCAAACCUACUACAGUCAAGACCACCACGGCGACGAGCACACCUACUACAGUCAAGACCUCCAUGGCGACGAGCAAACCUACGACAGUCAAAACCACCACGGCGACGAGCAAACCUACUACAGUCAAGACCACCACGGCGACGAGCACACCUACUACAGUCAAGACCUCCAUGGCGACGAGCAAACCUACAACAGUCAAAACAACCACGGCGACGAGCACACCUACUACAGUCAAGACCUCCAUGGCGACGAGCAAACCUACGACAGUCAAACCCACCACGGCGACGAGCAAACCUACGACAGUCAAAACCACCAUGGCGACGAGCAAACCUACUACAGUCAAGACCUCCAUGGCGACGAGCAAACCUACGACAGUCAAAACCACCACGGCGACAAGCAAACCUACUACAGUCAAGACCACCACGGCGACGAGCACACCUACUACAGUCAAGACCUCCAUGGCGACGAGCAAACCUACGACAGUCAAAACCACCACGGCGACGAGCAAACCUACUACAGUCAAGACCACCACGGCGACGAGCACACCUACUACAGUCAAGACCUCCAUGGCGACGAGCAAACCUACAACAGUCAAAACAACCACGGCGACGAGCACACCUACUACAGUCAAGACCUCCAUGGCGACGAGCAAACCUACGACAGUCAAACCCACCACGGCGACGAGCAAACCUACGACAGUCAAAACCACCAUGGCGACGAGCAAACCUACUACAGUCAAGACCUCCAUGGCGACGAGCAAACCUACGACAGUCAAAACCACCACGGCGACAAGCAAACCUACUACAGUCAAGACCACCACGGCGACGAGCACACCUACUACAGUCAAGACCUCCAUGGCGACGAGCAAACCUACGACAGUCAAAACCACCACGGCGACGAGCAAACCUACUACAGUCAAGACCACCACGGCGACGAGCACACCUACUACAGUCAAGACCUCCAUGGCGACGAGCAAACCUACAACAGUCAAAACAACCACGGCGACGAGCACACCUACUACAGUCAAGACCUCCAUGGCGACGAGCAAACCUACGACAGUCAAACCCACCACGGCGACGAGCAAACCUACGACAGUCAAAACCACCAUGGCGACGAGCAAACCUACUACAGUCAAGACCUCCAUGGCGACGAGCAAACCUACGACAGUCAAAACCACCACGGCGACAAGCAAACCUACUACAGUCAAGACCACCACGGCGACGAGCACACCUACUACAGUCAAGACCUCCAUGGCGACGAGCAAACCUACGACAGUCAAAACCACCACGGCGACGAGCAAACCUACUACAGUCAAGACCACCACGGCGACGAGCACACCUACUACAGUCAAGACCUCCAUGGCGACGAGCAAACCUACAACAGUCAAAACAACCACGGCGACGAGCACACCUACUACAGUCAAGACCUCCAUGGCGACGAGCAAACCUACGACAGUCAAACCCACCACGGCGACGAGCAAACCUACGACAGUCAAAACCACCAUGGCGACGAGCAAACCUACUACAGUCAAGACCUCCAUGGCGACGAGCAAACCUACGACAGUCAAAACCACCACGGCGACAAGCAAACCUACUACAGUCAAGACCACCACGGCGACGAGCACACCUACUACAGUCAAGACCUCCAUGGCGACGAGCAAACCUACGACAGUCAAAACCACCACGGCGACGAGCAAACCUACUACAGUCAAGACCACCACGGCGACGAGCACACCUACUACAGUCAAGACCUCCAUGGCGACGAGCAAACCUACAACAGUCAAAACAACCACGGCGACGAGCACACCUACUACAGUCAAGACCUCCAUGGCGACGAGCAAACCUACGACAGUCAAACCCACCACGGCGACGAGCAAACCUACGACAGUCAAAACCACCAUGGCGACGAGCAAACCUACUACAGUCAAGACCUCCAUGGCGACGAGCAAACCUACGACAGUCAAAACCACCACGGCGACAAGCAAACCUACUACAGUCAAGACCACCACGGCGACGAGCACACCUACUACAGUCAAGACCUCCAUGGCGACGAGCAAACCUACGACAGUCAAAACCACCACGGCGACGAGCAAACCUACUACAGUCAAGACCACCACGGCGACGAGCACACCUACUACAGUCAAGACCUCCAUGGCGACGAGCAAACCUACAACAGUCAAAACAACCACGGCGACGAGCACACCUACUACAGUCAAGACCUCCAUGGCGACGAGCAAACCUACUACAGUCAAGACCUCCAUGGCGACGAGCAAACCUACUACUGUCAAGACCUCCAUGGCAACAACAAUGCCUCCAACCACAAUGGCCAUCAAAACGACAACCGCACACAACAGAGGAAGCGGAGUAGCAGAGUCGCUACUGUUGCUCGGGGUUUCGCUCAUUCUCAAUGUCGUCUGCCAAUGAACAAAAAGCAAAACCUGCCUGGGUGACUUUUAUAAUAAUAAGGUUUAAAGUUUCUCGGGAAACCAAGAUGAAAUAAUAGCCAAGUUUGUUAUUAUGCGUGUCACACUGUGUCAUAUAGAACAGCUAUACUUAAUAGUUUAGCAGUGGUGUUUUUUUUUUUAAACAAUUUAAUAGAAAACUUGUGUCAUCUGCUUAUCUGGAGGAGAAUUGCCUCCUGUCUCUAAUUUUAGACAAAAAGAAGAUAUCAAAUGCCAAAGGAAACAAACGCUUUUAUUUUUUGUUCAUAUGACACACGCUGAAUACAGGUGCAUCUCAAUUAGAAUAUGGAGGAAAAUAUUAUUUAUUUUAGUAGUUCAAUUCCAAAACUCAAACUAAUACAGUAUUAUAUAGAUUCACUACAGAGGUAAUCUUUUUCAAUGUAUUUGAUAUUUUUGGGUAAUCAUGAUGAUUAUAUUUUACAACAAAAGCAACAACAACAACAAAAAAUCACAAAUGCAAGAAAGUUGAAAAUUCGCAAAAUAAGAAACAAUCAAAAUUAUUUUUGAUAUGGAAAUUAGGUAGGAAUUGGCCUUAUGAAAAGUAUUUUCAUAUUUUAUGUGCUUAUUGAAUCUGAGUUUCACUUUUGCAUGAACUACUGUAAUAUAUUAACUUUUAUAUAAUAUGACAAUUUAUUGAGAUGCUCCUGUCUAUGUAUGUUUGCACUGUCUGUGUUGUUAUAGCGUGGCUGUGGAUAUUUUUGUUGUGACCAGCUUGCAUAUGAUCUCAGAUUUUCAACACUGCAUAUCUACAACUAUUACUUAAAAUACACUCUUCGCAAACUGUGAAACUACUGUAUUCACGUUCAAUCAAAUUUAAUCAAAGCAUUGAUUGCCAAAUGAAUGAAACAUUAACAGCUGAGCAAAGUAAUGGAAAAUGCAGAUGCAGAAAGACUGAAGCCUGUAUAACAGAUUUGACGAAUAAAUAACCAUUUUUUAAUGGUGAAA